AUGAGUGCGGAAACGGCCGAAGAACUCGUUCAGCUCAACGAUUUCCAUGACAUCUUCAGUCUGAAAGGAAAGGUCGCAGUGGUGACCGGAGGCUCUCGUGGGCUUGGUCUUCGAGCUGCAAGCGGUUUCAUCCAGGCUGGAUGUUCAAAGGUGUAUUUGAUUGCUCGAUCAGAAUCCUCUCUCGAUGAGGCAGCCACAGCCUUGAAUGCACUCAAGGGUCCAAACAUACACCCCGAGUCCCGCGCUAUACCUAUUGUUGGCGAUGUUUCAAGCGUGACUGAUCUUGACAGAGUCGUCGCGGAGGUAUCCAAGACCACUGACAGGGUUGACAUUCUACUGGCCAAUGCAGGUGCAACCUUCAUCGGGCAGCUCGAAGAUUACAAGGAGUCGGACUUCGCCAAUGUAAUGAAUGUCAAUGUGAACAGUGUUUUCUUUACUAUCCAGAAAUUCACACCUCUACUUGAAAUCGGUGGCACAGUUGCUGAUCCAUCCCGGAUCAUUAUGGUCUCGUCAGUGGCUGGUGUGGUAAUUGGUGACGUCGGCCCUCAUGGAAGGAUAGCGUAUGCAUAUGCUGCUUCAAAAGCUGCUGUUGUGCAUCUGAUGCAAAAUCUGGCCGUCGAGCUUGGCCCUCGCCGAAUCAUUGUCAACGCUGUCGCUCCGGGAAUCUUCCCUAGCAGGAUGAGUGGCCCUCUCAUGGCUCGCCACGGUGGAAUCGAAGGCGUAUCUAAACAAGUGCCUGAUCGAAAGCUCGGCGCAGGAGAGGACAUUGCCGGUGUGAUGGUGUUUUUAGCUAGCAGAGCAAGCCGCCACAUGAACGGUGCCACUCUUAUGCUGGAUGGGGGUAGUUUCCUUGCGCCGGCCACCGACAGCUGGAUCCAGACCCGUGUGUCCAGUUUCGUGUGUCUGCCUUCUGCGACCUACGAGUGA